GGUUUAAAUGGCAUCAAACAGUUGGUGCAAAAGGGAGAAGUGCAGUUGCUGUGUAGUUGUCGAAGGAGAAGCACUUCUAAACAUUUCAUAACCAUGGAGCUUUUUGAAACAAGUCCUUAUUUCUUCCCCGACCAAAGAUUUUACGACAAUGAAAAUUAUUUCAAUGCCAGGCUCCCCACUUAUGAACAAAGUGGGUUUCAAGAUCGUGGAGCGAUGGGGAUUUGCACUGAUGGAGUUAUAUUGCAGGGAUCAGGCAUUGAAGAGAAGGUUUCACCCCAUUCCAGUCUAAGUCAAUCUGACCAUUGCCCUGGACAGUGCUUGCCAUGGGCCUGCAAGAUGUGCAAACGGAAGACGGUUUCUAUGGACAGAAGAAGGGCGGCUACACUUCGAGAAAAACGCAGAUUAAAGAAAGUAAAUGAAGCCUUUGAAGCCCUAAAAAGAAGCACUUUGUUAAACCCCAACCAGAGGCUGCCCAAGGUUGAAAUUUUGAGGAGCGCUAUCCAGUAUAUUGAACGACUGCAAGCUCUUCUGGCAUCUCUUAAUCAGCAGGAGAGGGACCAGAGGGAUUUACUGUACAUUAGUAGUGGAUCACAGAGGGUGGUAGGUAACCAACUGUAUUCUAACACGUAGCACAGUCAGCAAUACAAGAUUGCUAGAAUUCUUGUGUAGUUGUACUGCCAGGGAAACACAUACCUACAUUUCUAUUUAUAAUUUUUUUUAAAAAGACCAUAUAUAUCUUGACUUAAAUACCCAAUGUUUAAACUCUCAAAGGAUUCUUUAAAAAAAAUUAUGAGAAUUGAAUAUGUUAAAGCACUCCUUAUCAAUUACACGUGUAUACAUUUACAUCCCUACAUAAAAGUGCGUGCAUGCUAAAUUACAGCUCAGUCGUAGCUUGACAUUUUAGCCUAAAUUUAGCAAUUCCAUUUUUAAAUUCCCCAAUAUAUAUAUAUAUAUCACGUCAUAUUCUGUGCAGUUUGUUAAGAUAAACGCAAUCAGACAUACCAAGGGGUAAUUUAUAUUCAGACCAAAGCAUUGCCUAUUACAUAACUUAAUAUUUCCCCUUCCGGCAAUGUGCUGAUACUGUAUUCUAUCUCAAUGAAUACAGGUUACGCUUGCACGUUCACACUAAAUAAUCACAUGCCACUGCAAACGGCAAUAGAAUUUUAAAUGUCUAUAUGACAUCAGCUGGUGAUUUAUGUAUUCUCAUCUUGUAUUUUCAGAUUGUUUACGGAUGUGUCCUUGUUCUCAUAGAUUUAUGGCUAAUACCUCCCUGCCUAUUCUAAUAGGCAGUGCAGCUUCUUAGUACGUGACUCCUUUUUGAAUCAUAACGUCUCUUGUCCUUUUGACCUUGACUGGGAUAGUGUGUAUCCUAGUAUCUCAGCCAAAUGCAAUCAUAUAUAGUACAUACAGUCAAUAGUUUUGGUAGAAAAAAAACCAUAUUUAAAUAAAUAAAAUACGUGUUUUCUUUUACUCAGAAUGACUACUUUUCUGCAUACAAAUAAGACUCUUGGGUAAUAUGCUUAAUGUAUAAAAAUAUUACAAAUAUAUUUAAAAUACUUGUAUGAUUUCUAAAUUAAACAUACCAUUUAACUAGAAAUAUACACAUAGUAAAAAAUAUUUCUAAAACAAACAAAAAAAAAUGAAAUAUUAUAUUAAAAUAAGUGCAAAAGCUUUCUCAGAUCACUAAUCCUUGGCAUGUAGUAAGAAUAAAAAGUAUAAGGUUAAAGUAUACGUGGUGCAAAAGUGUUUUACACCUCACUUUCUGUAGACUGUAAGCUCGUUUGAGCAGGGUUCUCUUCAACCUAUAGGCUCCUGUAAGUUUUCUUGUAAUUGUCCUGUUUAUAGUUAAAUCCUCCCUCUCAUAUUAUUGUAAAGAGCUACGGAAUCUGUUGGCGCUAUACAAAUGGCAAUUAUAAUAAUAAAAGUGGAUGUGUGGAGCACACAGUGUUAAAUAAGUGCAGGCUAGCCUCUGUCCUGGGGUCACUCCAAACCCCUUAUAUACAACAGAGCAGUGUGAAUAGAAAAUAUCUUUAGACAAUAACAGGGCGCCACAGUCACUAUAUAAUUGCCAGUUUGAGGAGUUCAUUCUCAUAGACAACAUAGAGAAAAAAAGAGAAAAAAUAUUAAAAGAUAGCAAUGUACAAUUUAUUGAAAUGUUAAAAAUCAAAUAAACACAUAAAGCAAUAUUAGGCAAUGGCUCAAUGUCAACACUUGCAAUGAUAGCCUAUGUAGGCUAUAUAGAACUCCUGAGGAAGUCGGUUCGACGAAAUGCAUUGAGCAUCAAAAAGAGGACCCAGAUCAUUUGGUAUAUUAGCAGCCACUUUGCACUUUAAAUUGCAUCUUACAUCUGCACUUUACCCUGAAAAGACCUGCACUUUUGUGUGCUCUGAAAGUAAAGAGUGCGGGCUGCUUACCAGUGGGGACUCAGGCUAUAUAGGCUAUCAUUGAUUUUUAACAUUUCAAUAAAUUGUACACUGAUAUCUUUUAAUAGUUUUUCUCUAUUUUUCUCUAUGUUGUCUAUGAGAAUGAACUUCUCAAAUUGGUAAUUGUAUAGUGACUGUGGCUCCCUGUUAUUAUCCAUAGAUAUUUUCUGUUCACACUGUUCUGUGUACUUGUGUUUAAUUUUCAUUAGGUAAAAGUAUUACUUUUGAUAAUGCACGCAUAAAAGUAAAAUUUUGCCCUGAUGGAGUAUUGAUAGCAUUAUAUAUUGUCAAUUAUUGUUACUAAAUACAAUAAAAAAUAUAACACAAGGUUAUGGCGAUGUUUUAAAAAAAAAUAAUAAUAACACCCAUGUAAAAUCCUUUUGUUUGCUUGUCAGAUAGAUUUGUUAGAGUGUUAAACAGGUACCUGUCAAUGCAGUACUCUAGGUUCCACUUGGGAGUAAAGUUUAAACUCACAAAACAAGUCAAUGCCUUUAGGUCAUUGGGUCCUUCUCGGUAAUGAUCUCUAUUUUUCUCAGCAUGUCAAAGGCAUUUGCUCAUUGAGUGGGGAAUGUGUAAGAUAUAUAAGACAUAACGACAGGAGAAAUGUGCGCACAAAUCCACUCAACAUAAAUGCAAGCUUUUAACGGACUUCAAGUGCAUUAUUGAAGUUAUUAUUUUUCUAAAUAAAAUAUACUGGGUUUUUUUUUAAUCGACCUUGGAAGGUUGAAAGGCUAGGAAAUGAACUUACUGCUUUUACUUAGAGAUACAGCAUCUGGAGCACUAGCCACUGUGCUGUCUCUUCAUAGAAUACAUGGAAUUUUUCAGUGUUGAGUGUCAUUGUUUCAAAUAAAAAGGCAGUGUGUAUAUAUUUUGGAAGGCUAGCUAGUAUAAUUUUUUUUCAUAUUGCAAAGUUUCUGGUCAAGGAUAAAAAUGUCCCAAAGGCAUCAAUUUUAGAAAAUCCAGAACUGCAUAUACACCAGUCUUAACUAUUGAAAGGCAUAGAACUAUAUACAAUAAUGCCCAUUAUUGUAUUAUUCAUGGAACUUUAUCCAAUUUUAUAUAGUACAUGUUGUUAUCAAUUUAUUCAUAUUGUCCGAAUUUCAGUAAAAAUGGAUUUAGAGAGCAGGAUCUAAAGUGCGCUCUUCAUGGAAAUAUAACUUUAUAGAGAAAAUAGUUAGUUUAUAUUGUAAUAGCAAGAUUGCAUGCAAAUACACCAUUUUCAUUUUAUUCAUUUUUAUUUUCUCAACCUUUACCUUUAUGCUAUCGGCAUAGUGGUAAAAAAAAUUACAAAUAUGGCAUCCAUGGUUGUCUAUGAUGUGGGGGAAGUUAUCUAAUUCUAAUUAUGACUUUUAAACUAUUUUCUGGCAAUAUUGCCAGUAUAAUGUAUGGAUUAAAUGUACUUACCUGAAGGUAAGUUUGCCAUCCACACACUUGUGUGUGAAAGGUCCUCUUUAACAUUGUGAGGUAUAAAAGCAGGAUCAGAGAUGGAGCAGUAAGGAAUUGAGGGCACUAGUGGUCCUGAAUGAACCACAACUGAAUGCAGAAUACGUUAUCGCCACAAAUGUAUUUUAGCCCAGCACAGAUAAACACUGAGCCGACAUGAAACCUUCUGUGUAAACUAGACCUACCCAUGGUCCAAAAAGCUUGUUUAAUGCUGAAAUGCCAAGCUCAUGUUGCUGCAAGCACGUUUAAUGACGCACUAUUGGUAUGUUCUCUGGUCAUUCUUGCUAAUGUUUCCUAGAAACAUAGAAAAACAAAAGCCAGAGCCUGCAACACGUGUCCCAAUUCAGGACUCUCUCGUCAUAUCUAAGACUCUUGGGAGCUAUGCUUUAAGCCCAAGCUAUAAAUAAUGGUUCAUGAACUUAAAUUCUUCGACCAAAAAAAUAAAAAUUGAGUUUUCACUAUAAUAUUAAUAACAGUAAUGAUGUAUACCAUUUACAUGCUUCGGUGAAUUUCAUUAGUAUGUAAAUCUGUGAUAGCUUGGCUUCAUGGAUCAAAAUAAAUAUAAUGUCAAGCUGUGCGUUUAAUAAUGUUUAUAAAUGUAAACUCUGUCUCUGUGAACUUGUGUCUCUAUUCCUAACUGUGUCUGUGAUUUGAAUUGAAAUAUUCUUCAUACAUAACUUUUACAGCCAAAUCUAUCUUGUAUUCAGGGAGACAGAUACACAUUCCACUAGAAAGCAAUUUAAAAUGCCAGGCAGCAAUACCAGUCACCCAGCAUAUUGUGUUAAGUACUUAAUGUUCUUUGAGCAUCAUGUGGGCUAUUACAUAUUAAUUUGCUAAUAUACAUUUAUAGGACACCUUGAAACCUAUUACCAUACUUCCCCUGGCAAGGUUGAAAUUGGCAUUCAGUUAACACUAAAACAUUAACUGGGCAUUGACUGAAGAUGUAAACUCCAGUCAGGACUAGGUUAGAAUAUUCAGAUUAUUUAGUACGUCUCUGCUUCCCAUGUGUUGCUAUGAUUGAGGACCAAAUUGCAGACUGGAAUGAUCCCUAUAUAGAUUGCUGUAAAUACUUAACGAGUAACUCUAAGCAAGGGGUAGGCAACAUUUGGCACUCAUGAUAUUGUGAUCCAUAAUGCUCUUACAACCAUGAUGUUGGCAAAGCAUCAACAGAGAUGUAGUUAUAUUCCCUAUAACUCAAAACGCAGAUCCUGAUUGGGAGCAAUGCACUAGAUAGGACAAUUAUGCAAACUGCAAUACUGGUUGUGUAUGUUUCCAUAAACUGUGGCAUGUCAUCUUUGCGAGCAUGCAUGCCAGGUUUACAGACAACUUGGCAAGGUGGCCAAUCAGGGCUGUCCAUAAUCCAAAAUCACCUACCAUGUUUAAUGCUGCUCUCUUGUGUUCUUUCUGGCAGGACACCAGAAAAAACCCAGAUGGCAAGAAAUGGACUCAAAUUUGUGACUUUUCUAUAGAAUUCAGGACAGCUGGCACAUAUGUAUAUCUUAUUACACUCCAACUGCUUAACAACUUUAGUUAAAUUAAGUAGUUACAGGGACACUCCACUGUCUUAAUAAAAAAAAGGAACAAAAGUCACUAUUUUGUAGAUAUAUUCUCAAUGAAAACAUGCUUGCAUUUAAUUGUGCAUUUUUUAAAUUGGGGUAUAUACAAAACCAGCCUACAGAUCUCUCGUCUGCAUCUUUAGCAAAUCCUCCACUUCUAGCCCCACCCAUACUGUUGGCUGUCCAAUCACAGACUUCCCAAUGCAGCUUAAUGAAGAGGUGUAACAAGGUACAUUUAUAAAAGGACAAUUAACAUUUACAAAAGGGCCAAUUUCUGUUGAAAUAUACCCUUUUCGUAAAUUGAAAAAAUGAGGACAAACUCUUCACAUAUAACGUACGUAAGCAAGCUGAAGUGUUUUGGUGGUCUAGAGUGCCCCUUUAAGGGGGCCUCAGUAUCUGGGAGUAUCUAGCAGUUGUCUUACAUCCAAUGGUUUAACACUGAAGUUAGUCCCCCAGAACCUGACACCUCUGCCCCCUCUCUUCCUUCCUCCCUGCUGCUGCAGUAUCAGAAAGAUUUUCUAGGUGGCCAUUGAGAGGUAAGAAUAUCAGAUCCUGGCCUACGACUAUCAUCACCCAACUGUCAAACCUUCCUUAUACUGUGUGAGCCAGAAAAAAGGAGGAGAGGGGGCCAGAGGUAUUGAGCCCCACUGCCCCAGGGGACCAAAUUUGGGGUUUAACUGUUGGAAAAUGGUUUAAUCCCUUAAGAUAAAACCACGUCCAGACACUCUUUUCCCCAUAACAACUCACUGACUUGAUGUUGGGAUGGGGUGGGAUUGUUCCUUUAUAAAGUCAAUGCUCUCAUAUUUCUCCCUCUAAUUUCUCUUCUCAAAGUUUUGACUGGUCUUAAUCAUCUGUUUUUUUUCUCCUUUAAUUUAUUUCCUGUUAAGCGCAGCUUAAAGAGCACCUGUCAUGCCCCAAACAACUUAUGCUCAUUAGAUUGAGCAUAAGAAUCAAUCUAUACAAUGUGCUAUCAGUUUUUCUAUAAAAUGUAUAGAUUAGGAGAAAAACCUAUUUAAAAAUAGGUUUUUCUCACAUCUGUCAGUCAAUGCUUCAUCAUGGACUGACCAGGGAGAGCAGAAAAGAGCUCUCACAGGAGGUCCAUCUGCUCUCCACCCAUAGUAUGCACUGUGGUUAUUAUGGAAACUCCCAAGCUGAUGCUUCUGAUUCUGGCACACUGGCAACAAAGUCAGCAUGCCAACAUCACUGACAAUGUUUGCCCUGUUUGGAGAAGCGUCCCAAGCAGGGCAAAUCAAAAAAGACAUGGGGGAGUGCAGGCGGAACGGAGGGCAGUCCGGAGGUGGGUGUUACACGUAGAGUAAAACCCACGAAGCUUGAAGAUGGUGUCGCGGGAAUGGAUAAAAAAUGAGUAAAUCCUUAGAAAUUACAUUGAAUACACCAUGUUUUUUUUUGUGAUAUAUGGUGUAUUCAAUGUAUACGGAAGUGAUUUCUAGUAAGUGUAAAUUUCCAUAACAGGUUCACUUUAAAAGCUCAGAUCACUGUAAGCUAAUCAGGUUAAACAUAGAAAACUCAUCUUCCAGAAUCUCAUUUCCAAAACUAUUGAAAUGCAAGGCAGAUGUGUUUUGCAUAUUUAUUACCGUUGCAUUGUUAGGUUAAUUUAUUGAAUUUGACUAUUGAAACUGCGCAAAGGGCUCGAAUAUUUCUGAUACUGAGAUUUGUUUGUUGUUUGUGGACUUUCUUUUUCUGUUUGUGUACUUUCCGCCAUGGACUCAUCUGCAAAAGUCCUCAAUAUAGCAGGUCACAGUUUAUUGUAAAAUAGAUACUGUCAAAAUCAGGAUUGUUCUUGUACCUUGUCUAUAGUCUAUUUACAUGCUGUACAGAGACUGUCGACCUGGCACAUUCAUUUUCACAUUUUGCUGCGUUUUUAUCCCUUUCAUGUGUUGGGAAAUUAGGAACAUCUGAAUGCAGUAUCAUACAAAUAUAUCUUCUAGUAUCACAAGAUUUAUAUUGCAAAUGCACGUAGGUACAUGAUUGUAGGAAGUCCCACCAACCUCAAUAAUAAUUGUAUUCAUUUAUUUUAGCAAAAAAUAUAAAUAAAAAUACAACCAACAAUCUGUAGACACCUGCAAUAAUUUGUACCCAUAUGACAAAUGCAUGACGCAUAGUAUCUGCAGUUCAAAUAGACCUCACAAGACACCCACAUGACACACAACAUUCACAGGCUCAGGGCUGCCAGAUUUCCAGUUAAAUCAGGCAUCUCAAAUUCCAUAAUGUCCUUCUUGAAAUAUGCUCCAAGCUUAUUCUAGAUGGGGCAUUGAUUAUAAAAGGUGAUAUGUUCCUAUGACUUUAUAUAAAACAACCACAAAUUAAUUUUCAUCAUAUAAAUUAUAAAUGAUAGUAUUUUACUGUCCCUUAUUGCCACUUACUGACAUAGCACAUUAUUAUCAAGUUUUUACUAAUGAUAACCCUGACCCAAUCACAAGGUACAUGUUACACACAAAGUGCGUAACAUUACAUUUAUCUCCAAUGAAUCCAAUUUGUCACUCCCCCAGACCUCUAAUCAAUCCAAAGCCCCCUAUAGAAAACCAACAAUUUCUUCACAUCACAUUACCCUAAUAAUUAUAAUAAUAUUAUAGAAAUACCUUUAUUUUACAGGAGAUAUUAGAAAAGAUACAUAUUUUUCAAAUUCAGUGACAGAAACCUUAUUUUUGUAUCAUGGUACUUUAUGCAACUCAUGCAGUAGUGAUAGCAAUUUAUCUUUCAGAUUAGCAUGUGCUAAAAAGAGUAACACAGGGCUCAACAGAUGUUUAAUACAAUCCAAAAAUAGAAUGUAUAAAGUAAUGCAAGAAUAUUGUAAUUUGUUGGUUGAUUUUGCUGCUUGUUAUUAUAGGUAUCGAGUGAAUGUGGAUCAACUGCUUCAUCUUGCAGUCCAGAAUGGAAUGAGUCUGACUUUAGUAGCAGCCAAAGUGGUAAGUAAAAUAUUAAGAAUUCAUUACAAAUUGCAGUAAUUCUGUAAUGCAAAAGAGUUAUAGUUGAUAUGGAAAUUAAUUCUCUGGAGUCGGGUAACAGGUGUAUAAACAAAAAAAAAAAAAAAGAAGAAAUUUAAGUUAAUGGCAGUCAAAACAAAACUUUUCUUUAGUUCAUAUCCCAUCAUAUACAUGACAUAGCCAAAUGAAUAUGGACUCGGGUGCUAAAAUCCUAUUUUGAAACUAUGGCAUAAUAUAAGAGGUUUGUGCCCUUUGUUGCUUUGUUAUUAACAACAAAUGCAGCAUGAAUCCCCUUGUAGGUCUUAUGUUUGCAACACAUGCCAAAACAAUAUAUUCUUUACACAAAAAAUAUAUAUUUCCCUUGUGAAAUAUUGACCCUCUGUGAAUAGAGUUACAGCAAUACCUUCUGCCAUAUUUUACAUUUUAGACUAUUGCGGGCUAUGCGAUUUUACAGAGCUGACCUGAAUAUAUUUGCAUCUAAAUAAAGUGUAAACAAAACAUUUUUCAAACAAGGGUCAAAAUGUGUUCCUUAUGUAAAUCGAAUCAAGCAGAACAAAAACACCUUCAGGCCUUCAGAUUCUGCAUUACAAAUGUGCCAUGUUCAAAAAAAUCACAUGCGCGCAUUACAUAGUUUGCGAAGGUCAUCUGUCCCAUAAUUUGCUGUGAUACUUGGUACCAACCAGAACACAAAAGGGUCACUUGUGUGUCAUAGUGGUAUGGUUUCAUGAUAUUUAUAUAAAACGCCUUGCAAAAUGACCAGAAGCAAAAUGACAGUGACAUUUAAAAGGCUAAAUGUAUAUAUAGAAUUUACAGUUAUUCAUACACAUCAUACUUUGAUAACGAACUACAAGCGUCUAGUAUUUACCAGUUUGUCCAGCACUUAUUAAACAGCCCUUUCCAAUCAGGCAAUAAAAUAAACAAUUGGUGUACAGCUUUGCAUUCAAAACCCAAAAAAGCUAAUUUACAAUAUAUCUUGCAAACUUACAUUUUAGUAAUGUAUCUUUCUAUUAGCCUCCCCGGCCCCCCCUGCCUCCCUCCCACAAAAAUCUUUAUUUAAAAUGUGAAGGAACAUUCCAAAAAGUCACUAUAGCUUGCUGUAGAGGUUAUGAUGCCAGGAGUGACCUGGUCCCCCUCCCACCCCCACCCUUCCAAUCCAUUGUGAGGAGUGAAUCAAUUUGAGAACAGUUUGACAUCUUACCUGGGAUCGGAUUGGUACUACUCCAUACCUCGACUACUUCUUAUGCCUUCUUCCUAAGCAGGAUCUUAUGUUAGCUUCCGGCUCUCUGUAGUAAAUAUUGGAGGUGGGGAACAGCACCCGAUGGGUUUCAGGUAGCAAUUUAAACAGUAGCCUAUUUAACUUUUAACUCUUCACAGAAUAUUCUAGUGAUAUAUUCUCUACAGUGUGCUUCAUAGUACUGUUUAGAAUUAAACCUUAUUUUGUUAGAACUUGUGAAGUAAUCUUUAGAAGCCCUGACACACUGGUUCACUGUUUUUGUCAUAGAAACAUAAAAUGCGACGGCAGAUUAUAACCAUUCGGCCCAUCUAGUCUGCCCAAUUUUCUAAAUACUUUCAUUAGUCCCUGGCCUUAUCUUAUAUCUAGGAUAGCCUUAUGCCUAUCCCACGCAUGCUUAAACUCCUUUACUGUGUUAACCUCUACCACUUCAGCUGGAAGGCUAUUCCAUGCAUCCACUACCCUCUCAGUAAAGUAAUACUUCCUGAUAUUAUUUUUAAACCUUUGUCUCUCUAAUUUAAGACUAUGUCCUCUUGUUGUGGUAGUUUUUAUUCUUUUAAAUAUAGUCUCCUCCUUUACUGUGUUGAUUCCCUUUAUGUAUUUAAAUGUUUCUAUCAUAUCCCUCCUGUCUCUUCUUUCCUCCAAGCUAUACAUGUUAAGAUCCUUUAACCUUUCCUGGUAAGUUUUAUCCUGCAGUCCAUGAACCAGUUUAGUAGCCCUUCUCUGAACUCUCUCUAAAGUAUCAAUAUCCUUAUGGAGAUACGGUUUCCAGUACUGCAUACAAUACUCCAGUGUACUGUACAAUGGCAUGAGCACUUCCCUCUGUCUACUGCAAAAAACCUCUCUCUAUAGAACCAAGAAUUUCCUGCUGCUCUAUUACAUUGUCUUCCUACCUUUAAGUCAUCUGAAAUAAUCACUUCUAAAUCCCUUUCCUCGGAUGUUGAGGUUAGGACUCUAUCAAUUAUUCUGUACUCUGCCCUUGGGUUUUUACGGCCAAGAUGCAUUAUCUUGCACUUAUCCACAUUAAAUGUCAGUUGCCACAACUCUGACCAUUUUUCUAGUUUACCUAAAUCAUUUGCCAUUUGGAACAUCAACCCUGUUACAUAUCUUAGUAUCAUCAGCAAAAAGACAUACCUUACCAUCAAAGCCAUUUGCAAUAUCAGGACUUUGUGGUCUACUCUUCAACAGACAGUCAUAUUUCAAUUCUUGGAAUAUACUUUUUUUUUCUAAAUUAGACAUCAGGCUAAAUCAAGUAAUGCACUUGACAGUCCAUUUAAAUUCCUAGUCGUUACCAUUAGAUAAUGUUCAAGGCAUAGCAUUGCAAUACUUUACAGAGAGUUAGUGAGGUAAUGAAAAGGAGAAGGCGAAAAAGUUCUAUCCAAUAAACCACCAUGGUUUGAACCCCCAAACCAUCCUCCUUAGUAGAAGUGAGGGUAAGAAGAUACAAUAUGCAAUGAUUGGUAGCCCAACAAAAUGUCCAUAAUAAAAAAAUGUUGACUGUAUGAAAGACCUCUUUAAUGGUAUCUUUCCUUUAGUUAAAUAAUAAAGGGUUGCAGAGAAGUGAUACAAACAACAGUCGAGUAUACAUAUAUAUCUAUAUAACAUUUCUCUCUUAACCUUCAGAUCACCUCUUAAGUGAUGAUUCUUCGGAGCAACGUGACAUGAAUUCCUUAUCCUCAAUUGUAGAGAGCAUCGCAUCCGGAGAAGUGUCAAUCAGCUUUCCUGAGCAACAUAUCCAGAAUUAAAUCACCUGUUACGAAUACGAAUUGUUUUGGACCUUCUUAUCAUGGACCUAGAUUUACUUGGUAGUGCUAUUGUGUAAGAAGCCUAAUGACUCCAAAACAAACCUUAAAACAAUAUUCAUUUUAUAGAACUAUAUAAUGUCCAUUGGCACAAAUAUGGGAUUUUAGGAAUGACAGGGCUUAUAAAAUAUUAGUCUACAUGUUUUAUAACAUCAUGAUUUUUUAUUCUUUGUUUACCCAGGAUUAACAAACCAUAUUGCAACAUUGCUCUACUAAGGCAUAACUAUUUAAUUAAAUUAUUAAACUUAAUAUAAAAUUAUGACAAUUACUAAACUUAAAUUAAAUUAACUUAAAAGAGUAAAUUUCUAUGUAAAUUGCAACCCAGGUUAUUAUUUAUUCCUAACUUAAAAAUAUUUUAUAAAAUAAACUAUGCAGUAAGGUUUAAAGUAAAUAUGGGAGUUUUGACCAUAUCAUGAUAUUGCAAGUCAUCCGGUAGCUGGUUUGGUUUAAUACGUGCUAAAGAUCAGCGGAGAAAAUAAAAAUUUCAUGGCACAAGUCCGAAGCAUUAAGCACAGACAAAUAUGAUUAACCCAAACCAGAUCUGAGACUGGGUAUACAUUGAUCAGAUCCUGUUUCAGAAUGAUAUAGAUUUUGCUAAUAUUCAGUGCACACAAGUUCAGCAUAAAAUGUAUUGGUUUUCACACCCUUCUAAAAAAAAACUUCAGAAAAAUUCCAUUGCUUGGUAUGAAAUGUUUAAUAUAUUUUCAUAGCCACUUUUUAUUAAAUUAGUGUGGUUUUUAAAAAAAAACAAAAGCAAGUUUUUUUUAUUCACAUGGGGCCAAUGUUGCUUUUUUUUAAUUUUCUAUUUUUCUUAUUGUAGCAUUGUUUGACCAAUUUUAUUUUGAGACAGGAUUUGGUGGCGUUUUUCUAUUAUGUGUGUGGGUUUGCUAUUUUUAUUUUUUAUUUUUGCUAACUUAUUUGUAUGUUUU